GCCUGCAUGGACUGGGCCGCCUGGGAGAGCCGGCGCCGGCGUCCUGCGGUCAGGCCGCCCGCCAGGGGGCGCCGCUCGCCCCGCCCUCUCGCUCGGCCCCGGAGCGGCGGCGACGGCGGCAGCGCUUCCGCCUGGCGGGCCGGGCCGGUGCGAGUGGCCGCAAGAUGUGGCUGGGCCCCGAGGAAGUGCUGGUGGCCAACGCGCUGUGGGUGACGGAACGGGCCAACCCCUUCUUCGUGCUGCAGCGGCGCCGGGGCCACGGCAGGGGCGGCGGCCUCACGGGUCUUCUUGUGGGCACCCUGGACGUGGUAUUGGACUCCAGCGCCCGCGUGGCCCCCUAUCGAAUCCUGCACCAGACCCAGGACUCACAGGUCUACUGGACAGUGGCGUGCGGCUCUUCCCGCAAAGAGAUAACAGAACACUGGGAAUGGCUGGAGAACAACUUACUGCAGACGCUGUCCAUCUUCGACAGUGAGGAAGAUAUCACCACUUUCGUCAAGGGCAAGAUACACGGCAUCAUAGCUGAAGAGAACAAGAACCUGCAGCCCCAGGGCGAUGAGGACCCCGGGAAGUUCAAGGAAGCUGAGCUGAAGAUGCGGAAGCAGUUCGGGAUGCCCGAGGGGGAGAAGCUAGUCAACUACUACUCCUGUAGCUACUGGAAGGGCCGUGUGCCCAGGCAGGGCUGGCUCUACCUGACUGUCAAUCACCUGUGCUUCUACUCCUUCCUGCUGGGCAAGGAAGUGAGCCUAGUGGUGCAGUGGGUGGAUGUCACCGGACUAGAGAAGAACGCCACCCUGCUCUUCCCCGAGAGCAUUCGCGUGGACACCCGAGACCAGGAGCUCUUCUUCUCCAUGUUCCUCAACAUUGGCGAGACCUUCAAGCUCAUGGAGCAGCUGGCCAACCUGGCCAUGCGGCAGCUGCUGGACAACGAGGGCUUCCUGGAGGACAAGGCGCCGCCCAGGCCUGCCCAGCCGCACAGGAACAUCUCUGCUCUGAAGCGAGACCUAGACGCACGAGCCAAGAACGAGUACUACCGGGCCAUGUUCCGGCUGCCCAGGGACGAACGCCUGGACGGCCACACAAGCUGCACCCUGUGGACUCCGUUCAACAAGCUGCACAUCCCCGGCCAGAUGUUCAUCUCCAGCAACUACAUCUGCUUUGCCAGCAAGGAGGAGGACGGCUGCCACCUCAUCAUACCCCUGCGGGAGGUGACCAUUGUCGAAAAAGCCGACAGUUCCAGUGUCCUGCCCAGCCCUUUGUCUAUUAGCACCAAGAACAAAAUGACCUUCCUGUUUGCCAACCUUAAAGACCGCGAUUUCUUGGUUGAGAAGAUUGCUGACUUCCUCCUGAAAACAUCAUCUAAGCAGCCAGGCGACAACAGCGCAGGAAGGAAAGCCAGCGUCAUGGAUCCAGCCCCAGAGUCUUCUCCAGCUCCUCAGGAGGCACCAGAGCAGCCCGCCAGCCCCGGCUCACCCUGUGGUGGCUGCCAGAGCUCCCUCGCGCAGGAGGCGCCCACUGCUUCCCAGGGCCUGCUCAAGCUCUUCCGGAGAAACGCGCCAGUGGAGGACCUGGGGGCCAAAGGGGCCAAGGAGAAGAUGAAGGAGGAGUUAUGGAACAUCCACUUCUCUGAAUACGGGCGCGGUGUGUGCAUGUACCGCACGGCCAAGACCCGGGACCUGGUGCUGAAGGGCAUUCCCGAGGGCCUCCGUGGGGAGCUCUGGCUCCUCUUCUCUGGGGCCUGGAAUGAGAUGGUGACUCACCCUGGCUACUACUCGGAGCUGGUGGAGAAGUCCACAGGGAGGUACAGCCUGGCCACGGAGGAGAUUGAGCGAGACCUCCACCGCUCCAUGCCCGAGCACCCUGCCUUCCAGAACGAGCUCGGGAUCGCCGCGCUUCGGCGGGUGCUGACUGCCUAUGCUUUCCGAAACCCUACCAUCGGCUACUGCCAGGCCAUGAACAUCGUCACCUCUGUGCUCCUGCUCUAUGGCAGCGAGGAGGAGGCCUUCUGGCUGCUGGUGGCCCUCUGCGAGCGAAUGCUGCCCGACUACUACAACACCAGGGUGGUGGGGGCCCUGGUGGACCAAGGAAUCUUCGAAGAGCUCACGAGAGACUUCCUGCCCCAGCUCUCUGAGAAGAUGCAAGACCUCGGGGUAAUCGCCAGCAUCUCGCUCUCCUGGUUCCUCACCCUCUUCCUCAGCGUCAUGCCCUUCGAGAGCGCUGUGGUCAUUGUCGACUGCUUCUUCUACGAGGGCAUCAAGGUGGUCCUGCAGCUGGCCUUGGCCAUCCUGGAUGCCAACAUGAAGAAGCUGCUGGACUGCAGCGACGAGGGCGAGGCCAUGACCAUCCUGGGCAGAUACCUGGAUAAUGUGGUCAAUAAGCAGAGUGUUUCUCCGCCCAUCCCACACCUCCACGCCCUGCUGACCAGUGGAGAUGACCCUCCUGAAGAGGUGGACAUCUUUGACCUCCUUAAAGUGUCCUAUGAGAAAUUCAGCAGCCUGAGGGCCGACGACAUUGAACAGAUGAGGUUUAAACAGAGGCUGAAAGUGAUCCAGUCUUUGGAGGAUACGGCCAAGAGGAGUGUGGUCCGGGCUAUACCUGGGGACAUUGGUUUCUCAGUGGAAGAGCUGGAGGACCUUUACAUGGUGUUUAAGGCCAAGCACCUGGCGAGUCAGUACUGGGGGAGCAGCAGGCCCACCGCUGUGCGUCGGGACCCCAGCCUGCCCUACCUGGAGCAGUACCGCAUCGACGCCAGCCAGUUCCAGGAACUCUUUGCCAGCCUGACGCCCUGGGCCUGUGGCGCCCACACGCCCGUGCUGGCGGGGCGCAUGUUCCGGCUCCUGGACCGAAACAAGGACUCACUGAUCAACUUCAAGGAAUUCGUGACAGGGAUGAGCGGCAUGUACCACGGGGACCUGACGGAGAAGCUCAAGGUCCUCUACAAGCUGCACUUGCCCCCCGCCCUGAGCCCCGAGGAGGCCGAGUCAGCCCUGGAAGCAGCCCACUACUUCACUGAGGACAGCUCCUCGGAAGCAUCUCCUCUGGCCUCAGAUCUGGAUCUUUACCUGCCCUGGGAGGCUCAAGAAGCCCUGCGGCAGGAAGAGGGCGAGGGAGCUGGAAGUGAGGACGUCCAAGGAAAAGGAGGAGAGGAGAAGGGGACCAGCCCCCCCGAUUACCGGCACUACCUUCAGAUGUGGGCCAAGGAGAAGGAGGUUCAGAAGGAGACCAUUAAGGACUUUCCCAAGAUGAACCAGGAGCAGUUCAUUGAGCUGUGCAAGACGCUUUACAACAUGUUCAGUGAAGACUCCAGGGAGCAGGCCUUGUACCACGCCAUCGCCACAGUGGCCAGCCUGCUGCUGCGCAUCGGGGAGGUGGGGAAGCGGUUCUCGGCGCAGCCCGGCAGGAAGUCCCGGGACGGGGCCCCCGGGGAGGACCAGCCCCCAGCCCCCGACACCCCGCAGGACCCUGCCCAGGAGCUCCAGCCACCAGCUGUGGGCGACCCCCAGGCCAGAGCUGGUGGAGACACCCAACUUGGGAAAGCACCGCAGGAGAGCCAGGUGGUGGGCGACGGGGGCGGUGGCGAGGGCCUGGGCUCCCCCUCCCAGCGUCUGUCUGAUGAUGAAACCAAAGACGACAUGUCCAUGUCCUCCUACUCGGUGGUCAGCACGGGCUCCCUGCAGUGUGAGGACCUGGCCGACGACACGGUGCUGGUGGGCGGGGAGGCCCGCAGCCCCUUGGCCCCCAGCCGCAACGGGGGCUCCGUCGACACCGACUGGAGCAUCUCCUUCGAGCAGAUCCUGGCCUCCAUCCUGACUGAGUCUGUGCUGGUGAACUUCUUUGAGAAGAGGAUGGACAUUGGACUCAAGAUCAAGGACCAAAGGAAAGUGGAGAGACAGUUCAGCUCCUCCAGUGACCAUGAGCAUUCUGGGGUUUCCAGCUGAACACUCGCACGUGGGGCCGACCCCCGCUUCCCUCCGGGUCUGGUCUCUCCCUAAUCACACCCUCCCUUCUCCCAGAAGCAGUGACCUGUAGAGGGAAAGAAGGCUGAACAGCGCAGUGGGGCCCAGGCAGAGGCUCCUGCCCUUCUUCCAACCCUGGGCCCUGGGGCCCGCAGAUGCCAGAGCCUCCUGUGUGCCUCUGCCUGCCCAGGGCCUGCCCACCUGCGCCACCGCCAGGCCACGCCGAGCCCCCCACAGGCUCCCCUGCAGCCGCCUGCUCGGAGCACCUGCCUGUUGGGCACCAGUGGCCGCUCUCCAGGAGCCCCUGAGGGACGCUGGGUGCCAGGCAGGUGUAUUCUAAAUGUUCCUUCAGCUCGUCAUCCUCACCAUUAACCUUAACACAUUCCUCGGGUCCUGAUGUCUUUCCUUGUGUUCUUUCAGUUAGCUACAGCCACACUGUGUUUAAUGCCUUAAUACGUCCCUGAAAGAGCUGAAAACCACACCGUGGCCCUGGCCGGUGGGCGCAGUGGCUGAGCGCUGUCCCACGCACCCAGAGGUCGCAGGUUCAGUUUCCUGUCAGGGAACCUGCCCAGGUUGUGGGCUUGGUCCCCAGUAGGGGGCGUGCAGGAGGCAGCCGAUGGAUGUUUCUCUCCCUCUCCCUUCCUCUCUCUAAAAUCAAUAAAAACAUAUUUUUUAAAAACAA